GGUGCCGGAGCCCGCACGUCGACCGACGCCUGGAUGGCGUAUCAUCUUGCAUGCCGGGUAGGUAGGUAGGUAGCAGACGGCGGCGCGUGCGUGCUUUUAUUUUUAUUUUUAGAGGGGGCUUCGUGAUGAGCUGCUAUGAUACUAUAAGAGGGCCCGGUCCGUCCGCUCUUGAUCUCAUCCAUCUGUCCCGAGAUCUCCAGAGCACUUCUCACCCACUCUUGCCAUCCAACCCCCAAGAGUAACCGGGAAAGCUCCCCUCUCCCUCUCCCCUCGCAUCUGCUUGAUCUGGUCGUCCCUCCCGUCGGUUUCGGUAACCCCCCCAAACACUCGGCCCACAAUGUUCAACAUCCGCAACCUCGCCGUCCUCGCGGCGGCCCUCGUGCCCUUUGGCGCGGCGGCCCCCGUCGAGACCGCCGCCGCCCCGGAGCCCGUCAUCGACACGGCCAACAAGUACAUCAUCACGCUCAAGCCGGGCAUCGCCGCGCCCGACCUCCAGUCGCACAUGCGCUGGGUCGGCGACGUCCACCGCCGCAACAUGCUGGCCCGCCGCGACGCCGACCCGCUCCCGGGCGUCAGCGACGAGCUCAGCAUCAAGGACUUCCACGCCUACGUCGGAACCUUUGACGAGGCCACCAUUGAGGCGAUCCGCAACAACCCUGAUGUCGCCGACGUCGAGGCCGACCAGAUCUACACCCUGGACGCCAUCACGUCGCAGUCGGGCGCCACCUGGGGUCUCGGCUCCAUCUCGUCCCACAACAGCGGCAGCACCACCUACCGCUACGACAGCUCGGCCGGCGCCGGCGGCUUCGUCUACGUGGUCGACUCGGGCGUCCGCGAGACGCACAACGAGUUUGGCGGCCGCGUCGUCAAGGGCACCAACAUGGCGGGCGGCGCGCACACGGACACGCUCGGCCACGGCACCCACGUGGCCGGCACCGCCGCGGGCGCCACGUACGGCGUGGCCAAGGCCGCCACCAUCGUCGACGUCAAGGUCUUCACGGGCCGCAGCGCCGCCACCUCGGUCAUCAUGUCGGGCCUGAGCUGGGCCGCCAACGACAUCGUGGCCAAGGGCCGCCAGUCCAGGGCGGUCAUCAACAUGUCCCUGGGCGGCCCCUUGUCCAACGCCUUUGACGCGGCCGUCAACAGCGCCCAGUCGUCGGGCAUCUUCGUCGCCGUCGCCUCGGGCAACAGCAACGUCCAGGCCGUGACCAACAGCCCGCAGCGCGCGUCGGGCGCCUUCGUCGUCGGCGCCAUCAACAGCUCGUGGCGCGAGGCCUCCUUCUCCAACUACGGCAGCAUCGUCAAGGUCCUGGCGCCCGGCGAGGGCAUCACCUCGGCCUGGUACACCAGCAACUCGGCCACCAACACCAUCGACGGCACCUCGAUGGCCUCCCCGCACAUCGCCGGCCUGGCCGUCUACCUGGCCGUGCUCGAGGGCAUCUCGUCCCCGACCGCGCUCGGCAACCGCAUCGUCGCCCUGUCCACCACCGGCAAGGCCUCGGGCCUGAAGAGCGGCACCCCCAACCGCAUCGCCUACAACGGCAACGCCUAAGCGGGUGGUUUGGUGUGUGUGUGUGUGUGUGUGUGUGUGUGUGUGUGUGUGUGUUGCCGAUGUGUCGCUUCCCGUUGGACGCCAAUGAGUGACGGCGUCGGCUUCUUUGUACAUAUAAACGAUGUGAAUACCAAGUAAUGUUGCAUAUAACAUGGCUUUCCCA